UCCACCCCACUUUGCAGAGGCGGAGACUGACCUGCCUUGUGAUGUAGCUGGGGCGUGGCCUGGGAUGCACCAAGAGGGGAGGCCACUGUGUGUCCUUGCCGUAGAGGGAGGUGACUCCAGCCGCAGAGGAGGACGCAGAAUGAGGGCCAUGCGGGCUUCCCAGGCGUUGAUUCGCUCCUUCAGCUCAACAGCUCGGAACCGCUUGGAGAACCGAGUGGCGGAGAAACAGAAACUCUUCCAGGCGGACAAUGACCUUCCGGUGCACUUGAAGGGCGGGGGAACUGACAACAUUCUCUACCGAUUGACCAUGGGACUGUGUCUGGGAGGCACGGUCUACAGUCUGUAUUGCCUUGGCUGGGCUUCCUUCCCCCACCAGAAGUGAGACCAAGAAGCCUGCAGGACCUGAAGGACUUGAACAAGCAUCAAUAAAUGUGCUGGCUUAUUGGGGAA